CCGAUCCAGCUAGCCUGCCUGUACCUCCCUCCCUCCCCUCUCGAAUCCGCCCGCCCCAAAGCUCCCGAUCUCCACCUUGCCCUCCAGCUCCAGCUUGAUCGCGUUCGCGGCCCCCCACUCCGCCCUCCAGAAUAAGUAGCCGGCGGUUUCCUUGCCACAGGUUUUGCGGUUGCGGGGGAGAGCAGAAUCCAUCCGGUCCGGUUUGGCCAAUGCUCCUGCGGUUUCUUGGAGACGCCGCUGAGAUUGGGAUCCAUGCCGCGUUAGGCGAGCGGCAGUAGGGGCAUCGAGAUUCGCCGUCCUUGUCCGGGGGAUUUCUCGGUUUCUCGGUCGGGGAAUUCUGUUGCGGCGGGGGGGAAAAAAGAAUUCUUUCGUCGGAUUGGCCGAAGCUCUUGGUUGAUCCGUUACAAAGGCGCCCGCUGUAUGCUCUAGAGCCUUUUUCCACGCGUUUUCUUGCCUCGCCCCAGAUCCGUCUCCCCGCCCGCUUCUUUGGGGGAAUUGGCGGAUCGGGGGAGGAGGGGCUUUGGCGGCGCGACUCCUGAUGGAGGUGCACGCCGACGUAGAUGGGUCCGGCGUGCCCCUGGCCGUGCUCCUCAAGCGGGAGCUGUGCAACCAGAAGGUGGAGAAGCCGGACAUCCUCUUCGGGGAGGCCAACAAGAGCAAGAAAGGGGAGGACUUCACGCUGCUCAUGGCCAAGUGCCACCGCCGCCCGGGCGAGGGCGCCGCCGGCGGCGGCGGCGGCGGCCAGAAUGCGGGCGACGACGACACCAUCUCCGUGUUUGCGAUUUUUGAUGGACACAAUGGAUCUGCAGCUGCCAUAUACACCCGGGAGAAUCUAAUAAACAAUGUGCUGGCUGCUAUUCCUCCAAAUCUCACAAGUGAGGAGUGGACAGCUGCAUUGCCAAGGGCACUUGUUGCUGGUUUUGUAAAAACAGAUAAAGACUUCCAGACAAAAGCUGCACGUUCAGGGACCACUGUGACUUUUGUUAUUAUAGACGGAUGGGUUGUCACUGUAGCAUCAGUUGGUGAUUCACGCUGUAUUCUAGAGUCUGCUGAAGGCACGGUAUAUUUUUUAUCAGCAGAUCACCGGCUGGAUGCUAAUGAAGAGGAGGUGGAGCGUGUAACAGCAAGUGGUGGUGAAGUUGGGAGAAUAAACAUUGCGGGGGGUGCUGGGAUCGGUCCACUCAGAUGCUGGCCGGGUGGAUUGUGCCUAUCAAGGUCAAUUGGUGAUACUGACGUUGGGGAAUUUAUAGUCCCUGUCCCACAUGUGAAGCAAGUAAAGUUGUCCAAUGCCGGAGGGCGGCUUGUCAUUGCUAGUGAUGGUGUCUGGGAUGCACUGCACUUUCAAGAAGCUCUGAACUACACAAGGGGUGUGCCAGCUGAAGCUGCUGCUAAUCGAAUUGUUAAGGAAGCUGUGACUUCAAAGGGACUACGAGAUGAUACUACUUGCAUAGUAGUUGACAUACUACCUCCAGAAAAGUUAAGCCCUCCAUUAAAGAGGCAUGGAAAAGGAGGCAUUAAAGCUUUGUUCCGUCGGAGGCCCUCUGACGAAAUGUCUGAAGAUCAGAUGGAUAGAGGGUGUUUAGAACCUGAUGUUGUGGAGGAAAUAUAUGAGGAGGGCUCUGCAAUGCUUGCUCAAAGGUUGAAUAUAAAUUAUCCAGCAGGAAAUAUGUUCAAACUUCAUGAUUGUGCUGUCUGCCAAUUGGAGAUGAAACCUGGUGAGGGCAUCUCUGUUCAUGGUAUCAUGCCAAAGCAUUCAAGAGUCGACCCCUGGGGCGGUCCCUUUCUCUGUUCCUCUUGUCAAGUGAAAAAGGAAGCCAUGGAAGGGAAACUACAUUCGAGAAAUUCUCAAUCUGCUGUCCAGCCUGUGCCUAAGUAGUCCUUCCUGAUGGUUUAUAUACAUUGGUUCAUACACACUAACUACCACUAACAACAGCUCUAGCAAAUAAAGUAGACUCUUCAGUUUCAUCUUAUUCAUCAAUCAAGAUAGACUCAAGAACUUUCACUACUAUAAUCCUAUGAAAAUGGCAGCCCAUACAGAUGAUAAAGAAAUUAUGGUGUCAUUUAUGUGAAGCACCAAAUUGUUCUGUAGAAAGUUCAAGUCUGAGCUUAUCAGUCUAUAUUUGGAGAGACCACAACUGACCUCUAGGUUGCAAUGAACCGGUGGCCUUAAGGUGUGCCGCUUUCUGCCAUUGAUAUCAAGUCUGCGCGACUUGUCCAUUUGUGAAUACCAGUCAUCGAACCCCAUUUAGUCCCCAUGUAGUUUUUUUUUAACAGGUCACGCUGAUUGAUGAGUGACCAUAGAAAGCAAAGCUUUUCCAGACUCACAGACACAUGUGAGGCUUUCUCAAUUAUUCAUCAUCUCACAAUGUGGAUUUUCUUUUCCUUUUUAAUUCUUUGCCAUGUGUAUAGUCAUGAGGCCCAUUGCGCUGACUAGCAUUUUUUUUUUGUAUUUGCACCAUAGUUCUGCAGUUGUACCAUUGUACUACAGUUUUCUAACAAAUACUUGUUUCUCUUUCUCUGGAAGUUUUGCUUCCCAUUGUACUUGAAAUGUUGUUUCUGAAUUUGAAUAGAGUAUAAUUUAAGGUUUCUGAUUGUAAUUUGGCACCUGUAUCUUGACCUGGCAAAGAGAAACAAGGAAACUUUCCCAGAUUCCUUGUCUAUAAGGUGAAUGUGCCAGCCA